GAUUAUUAUAGCAUAAUGUGUCUCAACGAGGUUUUCAAAUUCACACAUUAAGACGGUGAAGGCGUCAGUUAGAGGAGGGUCGGGGUGGCAGGGAAUGUCCUCCGUCGGGGAGGAUAAAUAAUUCGUCGCAAUAGCAAUAACACUGAUUUUAAAUAGAUAAAGUGCUUUGCCCACAAUGACACACGCAACAUGCGCCGCUCACUGAAUUCGAACCUUCGACCUCAAGAUUAAUUGAACUUUUUUUGAUAAGAUUGGUUAUGGUUUAAUAUCUUAUCUUUUUUGACUGGACUGGCUUCGAUUGUCACGCCCCCGGUCUGGAUACAGAUCGAGCGAUUUGGACGCUUUUGUAAACGAGGAUAAUGUACUCGAGUAGCUUGGUUCAAAGUCUGGCACCGAUUGUCACGCCCCUGUCUGGAUACAAACCAAACAAAUUGGAUAAAAUCGGGGGAUUUUAUAAACGAGAAUGAUGUACUCAAGUAGCUUGGUUCAAAGUGUUCGGGCUUUUCGAUUCUUGAGCAGUUGUGGUUGUAUAUCAUCAAGAAACAAACGUUUUAGCCCUUACCAGGCAUCAGUAGCCUUUUCGCAACAUAAAAAAUCUUAUACUGAUGGGGCAAACAAUAUUCACGUGGAGCAGGAUGUAGAUAUAAAGGGACUUUCAAUUCUACGAUUUGAUCGUAAACCAGUGAACAGUCUAGGCAAGGACUUUCUAGUUGAGCUGGAUAUGGCCCUCGAGAAGUUGGAAAACAAUCCCAGUUGUCGUGGCGUGAUACUAACCUCUGCGAUUCCUAAGAUUUUCUCAGCGGGUAUUGAUGUUACAGAGAUAUACAACAAAUCAAACGACUACAUCAACGCUUUCUAUAGCAAUAUUCAAAACAUGUGGUUGAGGCUAUACGGCUCACGUCUUGUUACCAUGGCAGCCAUUAACGGACAUAGUCCGGGUGCUGGCUGCCUUAUGGCAAUGUCAUGUGACUUUAGAGUUAUGGCUUCAGGGAGGUACAGCAUUGGUCUCAACGAAACUUUACUGGGUAUUAUGCCAUCAUUCUGGUUGAAGGAUACAAUGAAUAAUACAAUUGGGCACAGGGAAACAGAGAAGGCUUUGCAAAUAGGAAAACUGUAUAAUCCUAACGAAGCACUGGAAAAGGGUCUUGUGGACGUACUGGCUGAAGACACUGAAGUGGUGAAUGUUGCCAAGAAACAUAUGGUGAACUGGUUGAAAAUACCAGACCAUGCAAGGCAAUUAAGCAAACAAAUGAUGAGAGAGACUGCUCUGGAUAAACUUAGAGCCAGAAAAGAUGAAGACAUCGAAUACUACACCAAAUUCUUUCAGCAGGAUUCGGUCCAAAAAGUGCUCAAAAUGUAUAUAGAGAGUCAAAUGAAAAAGUAGUAAAACAUUAUAGCAACAUUGGCUAACAUUUUGACAAAACGAUGAAAUACGGUGUCUACUACUAGGUCAACCUGUAAUCUCUUCAAAUUAGAAAACUACUCUUCAUUACAACACCUUAAUAACUUAAAAAUCAGUCCAAACAAAUUAAGCUUCUUCUAUAGUGGAUGAGGAACAUCAGAGAAAAUUACAAGCAGCUAUGAUGUAACGUAAAUAGAAUAAUAAUAUCAUAAAAAGAACAGUAUAAACGGUGGUUGUUAGAUGACAUAUUUGUAAAUGUGCAAUUAUAAAUCCUAUAAUUGAAUUCAUUUUUGCUUAUUGGCUGGACUAUUAUUUAAUAACUAUAACGUAAAUACGGAAAAUAACAGUUCAACUUAUCCAGGAAUUAAGGCCUAUUACUCACCAUACACUGCUCUAGAGUGACACAAAAUGCAGUUUUUGUAAAUCCAGGUAUUAUUUAGCAUAAAUAUAGCUAAAUCUACUUAAAAUAGUACUGAUAGUAUUGUUAAACAAAAGAAUUAGUCUGAAAUAAAAAGGAAAAAAUCUUAUAUUGCGUGGCAAUUGUGUUUUGAGUCCUGAAUAGUUUUUGAAAAUGAAAGUCAGUACUCAUUGUAACCUUAAUUAAAAUAGUUUUACUGUAUCAACAGUGGCAGCACUAUUGGGGGGGGGGGGGGGGGGGAGAGAUUCCUCUCACUACCCUCCACCCCCACCCCACCCAACCAAUCAGAUUUCAGAUGCUGGUCCGCCACUGUAUAUCAACUAAUAUGUUUUUGUUAAGCUAAACAAAGUUAAGUAUCUAAGAGUACCAACAUAAAGAGAGAGGGGGGGGGGGUUGGUUUUGAAUAUAUAGAGAUACAUUCGUCGUUGCAAAAAGCUGUCGAUGAUAACAUAUGCAGCGAUUUUAUGAAAAAAAAAACAGCCUCAAGAUGUCUCCAACAGCGAAUCGUUUGCAACUGUUUCCACUUUUUAGUAAUACAGCACUACUAAAAUUGAUAUUACACAAAACUCAUGCUUACAUUUUAUUUCAUACUGCAUUUUAGAACAUUUUAUAUAUAAACUGUUUUCUUUAUUGCCAAAAGCUGUCGAUGAUAACGUACGCAGUGGUUUUAUGAAAAAACAGCCUCAAGCCAAAAGCAAAUCGUUUGCAACUGUUUCCAUUUUUCAGUAAUACAGCACUACUAAAAUUGAUAUUACACAAAAUUCAUUCUUACAUUUUAUUUAUACUGAAUCUUAUGACAUUUUUAUAUAUAAACUGUUUUCUUAAUUAGAGACAACAUGCACAAAUAGUAUAGUGAUUCUGUCAUAUAUUAAUCUUUAACAUUAUAUUAUUUAUACUCGGGAAUUUGUUUGGUAUACUUUUGUAUGUUGUGGUAUGUUGCUUUUGAAAGACCAGCAAACUUAACCAUUACAGCUUCACUAACAUUCAUUCAUGUAUAUCAUAACAGUAACACCAAUCAUAUACUAAUUCAUAAUCAGAUAUAUAAAUAUAUAUUUCCAUAGAGCACAACAAAAUGUCUUUCAUAAUUAUUUAAUUCAUUGUCUAUUAAUAAAGAUACACUCUCAAUGUUGUUAAAAAAGAAAUACAUAAAUAAUAUCUCUUUCCUUUUUCUCUUACACAGAAAUUUUAAUUAAAGCAAUUUAAGGAAUUUUGUAGUAAAAGGGUAUUUAGGUCAAUAAAAUAGAUUUUAUCCGUGUAUCAUUGAAAUGGACCUUUCUGUUAGGCACCGCCCCUUGGAAAUUGUUGCUAAGGUUAGAUGCGCGCAUAUUCUUGGCCCUGUUGUGAUCGGUUGUUAAGUCUGAUUGACACUCUUGGAAGGUCCAUUAGAUAAAUGUAAUACAAUUUUUUUGAAUGUCUAUUUUUUUUUACAUAUUUUCUUCAUGACGGCAUAUAAAUUCAUUAGGAUACCAAUAAAGUCUUUUCUUCAUUUCAAUUAAUUUCAUACAAUGCUUAUUAUUUUUAAUUUUUAUACUUUAUUAUUCUGAAUGGUAUGCUCAAUGUGAAAUGUUCACCGUAGUUUUCAUUGAUGUCCAGAUUCAGACAAAAAUAUUUUAAACAUAACAGAAAAUAUAAAUUGAAAAUAUAAAAAAAAAAAA